AUGCAUCAUCAUAGGUCAACUCUAAAGCAAAAAAAUAAACCAUUUAAGCAUGGGAAAUCUCAUACUAUAAAAAAGGUUGCGAAAAAAAUUACUCAGUACCCAAUAAAAAUAUUAUCUCGUCAAAAUAGAAAUAAUCAAAAGAUCCAAAUAAGACGAAACAAGAACCUAAAACAAAAAAAUAUGUUAAUAGAAGAUGGUAGAGGAAUUGAAGCCCCGAUAUUGUGUGUAAUUGUACCUUUUCAUGUUUUAAGUAACCCUCUUGAAUGUAUGAAGAUUAUAACAAAUUAUAUAUCUAGACAGUCUUUCUCAAAUAAAGCAAGUGAAUAUUUUUUUCAAACAAAGGAGACAUCAAGUAACUUCGAAAUUUGUACUUUACAUUAUGGGCGUGUAGAUAUUUCUUUCUGCAUUGCACCAUAUGGUGACAUGCUGAAUACACUUGACAUCAUGAAGUGCGCAGAUAUAAUUCUUGGAUCUUUUUGUUCUGCUAGUUUAGAGAGCUCUGCUAUUGAUGAAUUUGGUUAUAGGAUUUUGUCAGUUUCACGAUUACAAGGAUUAUGUCCAGUUUUCGGUAUAUAUUUUGAUGACACUGGUACUAUACCUGAAAAGAGAAUCUUGAACAAUGAGAAACUCUUGAAAAGACACUUUGAAGCUGAAUUUGGGAAGAACUCAAAGCUAUUUUCACUGCAUAAUACCAAUAGUAUACGUACCCUGAUUUCUGCAAUUUGUAGUCAUCCUAUAAAAAAAUUAUCAUUUAGAAAUGAUAGAGGAUACUUACUUUCUCAAAAUACAAGUAUUAAUUUUAAAGAUAAUGAUGAAAAAUCAAAUAUAGAGCUAGUUGUUGAGGGUUAUAUUCGAGGUAGUGGUUUGUCAAUAGAUUUCCCAGUACAUGUGACUGGAUUUGGAGAUUUUGUAGUGGCUUCUAUUGAGCCUACAAUAGAGAAAGAUAGACAAACAAGGAGAACUUCAAAACCUUCAAAAGUAGAUGUAACAAUGGAAUAUUUUCCAAUAAUAAGGAACAAUUUAAUUAGUGAAAAUGAUGUUUUGAAGAAUGAAUUAGUAUAUCUACAAAGAUAUGAUCAAUUUGCGGGGGAACAAUCGUGGGACUUUCAGGACGAUGAUGAAAUGGUUGAUAAUAACCAUAAUGAGUAUAUUAAUAGUAUCAAUGAUAUAUACUCUGAUACAAACUCAAUGUACUCACAAUCUGAAGUUGAAGAUAACUCUUGGAAUUCAGAUAUAUUAGGAGCUGAAAGAGUACAAGAACUUUUGUCGUUGGAAGAUGAGUUAGAAAAUGAACUUGAACAUUCAGAUGAAAUAAGAGUAGAUAAUAAAACAAUUUGUAGACAGAGAUUUGCUAAAUAUAGAGGAUUAUCUUCUUUUAGGACUUCUUACUGGGAUCCAUACGAAAAUUUGCCUUCAGAAUAUUCUCGUAUAUUUGAAUUUGAGUCAUUUCAGUCUAUAAACAAGUUAUCUAGAAAGAUAUUUACUGAACAUUGUAGAGAAGUCGAUUACCAAACUAAGUACUGUCGUAUGAGGCUUAUUCCUAUUGCUAUUAACUCUUGCAUCCCCUUGAAUGAAGAAAAUUUGGCUAAAAGAUUUAUUAUAGUCUCUUCAAUUUUACCUUAUGAAAGAAAAGUUGGAGUUAUUCACUUUAAAGUUAAGAGAACUAAAGAAAAUGAAGGGAUAAUUCGCAACAAAACUCCACUACUUGUUCAAGCUGGUUUCAGAAGAUUUUUUAUAUGCCCAACUUUUAGCAACUGCCCACAAAUGAUUCUUUCAUCCAGAGUACAUAGGCAACAAAAACUAAAGAUGAGUCGUUUUUUUAUGCAUGGUGAUUACUAUAUUGCCUCUUGCUUUAGUACAAUCACAUUACCACCAUGCCCAGUAAUUUUCUUUUCGUUAAAAGGUCUUUUUAACAAAAAAAACGCAGAUUAUUUUCAUCCCAGUAAUAAUGUAAAACUGUGUUUAAGUGAUGAAAUUGAUGAUUGGCCAUUAGCUUGGGGGGAUAUAAUUGACUCUGAUCCUUGUCGUAUUAUUCUAAAACGUUAUAUAAUUAUAGGAUACUUAUUUAAGGUGCGUAAAUGCAAAGCUAUUGUACGUUUUAUGUUUAAUAAUCCUGAGGAUAUAAAGUGGUUUAAGUCUGUUGAAUUGAAGACUCGCAGUGGUAUACGUGGAAUUAUAAAAGAACCUGUGGGAACACAUGGGUAUAUGAAGUGCAUUUUCAGUAAACCUGUCCAACAGAAUGAAGUAGUUGGUAUGUCACUAUAUAAACGUGUUUAUCCCAAAUGGUUUCCUCAGUCAUGGUUUGGCAGUGACUAUAUCUGUGAUAGUAGAUCUAAAUAA